GGGUUUGCAGGCUUCUUGUAAAGGCCAGCCUGAGAAGUUCGAAGAGGGCGUAGGUAUCGUGCAAAGGAAGCCGCACACGAAGGUGCAGUCUUUGUAAGCGAAAUAUAACAGCAUACCAACCGAUCCAGGGGGCCCAUCCUGUCUCACUUCCGCGCCUGCUCCGUGAUUUGUACCUACGCCGUGAAUUGAUAUCAGCAGCAAAUUGUUUCAGCGACUCUUCCUUGACAAGGUAAAUCGCCUCCUGAUGGAGGUAGAUGACCAGGGCGUCCCUGGUUCAAGAGAAGAAACUGGCCACAUGGACUCACAUCCUGUCAGUGUUGGUCAAGAGGUCAUGCAUGAGGUGGCACUUGAGGAGGGGGGCCUGGGACUCACCGAACUGAGGAGGAAGAAGUUGGAGCAGCUCUCCUCGCACCUCAGGGCUGAGACUGCGCUCCUGCCAGAUGACCAGGUGAAGGGCCCUGCUGGCGACCAGGUGGUGACAUUUGAGGUGCACAAUCUAGGCAGGAAGGAGAGGGAGCAGGUUGUGAAGAGGGCCUUGGCGACCACAGACCAGGACAACGGGGCCUACUAUCAGAAGUACCGCUCGAGACUGGACAGAGUUGGCGUCACUCAGCCAAAGGUGGAGAUCAGAUACGAGAAUCUCACAAUCGAGGCGGGCGUCUACGUUGGCAGCCGUGCUCUCCCCAACCUGCUAAACGCCGCCCGCAACAGCAUGGAGUCAAUAUUCAGGACACUCCGUCUGACGAAGGAUACCCGUCGGCGGUUUCAGAUCCUGCGUGAUGUAUCAGGCGUGUUGAAGCCAGGCCGGCUCACUCUGUUGCUCGGUCCCCCUGGCUGCGGCAAGAGCACCCUCCUCCUGGCUCUUGCUCAGAGACUGGACUCCAAUCUUAAGGUGACCGGAAGCAUCUCGUAUAACGGGCACUCUGCUAGGGAGUUCUACCCGAAGCGGACAGUCACGUACGUGCCCCAGGUGGAUCUGCACAUGGGAGAGUUGACAGUGCGUGAGACGCUGGACUUUGGUGCGCGGUGCCAGGGAGUGGGAGCGAACCAAGAUCUCAUCCGGGAGCUGGGGAGGCGUGAGGUCCAGAAUGGCGUCGUCCCGGAUCCUGACAUCGACGCGUUCAUGAAGGCCAUUUCUCUUGGGAACCAGAAGGAAAACCUGGUGACUGAUUACGUCAUGAAGAUCCUGGGACUCGACAUCUGUGCGGACACUCUAGUCGGUAACCAGCUGAUUCGGGGCGUGUCGGGUGGGCAGCGCAAACGGGUCACUACAGGCGAGUUGCUCGUGGGCCUCAAGAAGGUGCUGCUGUUGGACGAGAUCUCCACCGGACUGGACAGCUCGACCACCUACCAGAUUGUGAACUGCCUGCGCAACAUCUGCCACUUCACAGACUCCACCGUAAUGACGUCACUCCUCCAGCCCGCCCCCGAGACGUUCGAGCUGUUUGAUGACGUCGUGCUGCUGUCGGAGGGCCACGUCAUCUACCAGGGCCCCCGGGAGCACAUCCUGGCGUUCUUCGAGACGCAGGGGUUCAAGUGCCCGCCACGCAAGGGCAUCGCGGACUUUCUGCAGGAGGUCACAUCGCGCAAGGAUCAGGAGCAAUACUGGUCCCGCGACGUGCCCUACAAGUACGUCCCCGUCUCCGUCUUCGCGGCCGCGUUCAACGACUUUGAGGUGGGCCAGGCGAUCCGCAAGGAGCUGUCCGUUCCGCCGGAAAAGUCGGAAAUUCCGUCGGACGCCCUCGCGAAGACGAAGUACGGCGCGCCGCAGUACGAGAUCUUCAAGGCGUGCCUGGACCGCGAGUGGACGCUUAUGCGGCGGACCAAGUUUCUGUACAUCUUCAAGACGUUCCAGGUGGCCGUGAUGGCGUUCAUGACGGCGACGGUGUUCUUCCGCACCACGCUGAACCCCGACAACAUCCAGGACGGCUCGCUGUACCUGUCCAUGAUCUUCUUCUCGCUCGUGCACAUCAUGUUCAACAGCUACGCAGAAAUGUCGCUCACGGUGCAACGGCUGCCCAUCUUCUUCAAGCAGCGCGAGGACCAGUUCUACCCUGGGUGGGCCUUCAACCUGCCCGCCAUCAUCACCCGCCUGCCCUAUACCCUCGUCGAAGUGCUCAUCUGGACCGCGCUCACCUACUAUAUUGUCGGACUGGCGCCGGACGCUGGCAGGUUCUUCAUUUACAUCUUGAUCCUGCUCGCGCUGCACCAGAUGGGGGUGGGCCUCUUCCGUCUGGUUGGUGUCCUGGCGCGCACCAUGACCAUCGCCAACACAGCCGGCUCCUUCGCACUCCUCUGCAUCUUCCUGCUCGGAGGCUUCAUCAUCGCCAAGCCGCAAAUCCACCCGUGGUGGAUCUGGGGCUUCUGGAUCUCGCCGCUGAGCUACGUGCAGCAGGGCAUGGCCAUCAACGAGUUCAGUGCGCCCCGCUGGCAGAAGCUCGCGCCGGGCACCAACGAGACGCUGGGGUCCAUCAUCCUGACGUCACGCGGCCUGUUCCACCAGCACUGGUGGGUGUGGGUCAGCGUCGGCGUCAUGGUCGGAUACGCCGUCAUCUUCAACCUCCUCAUCAACGCCGCGCUCGACUACUUCCCACCCAUCGGCAAGCCCCAGGCCAUUAUCCCCGAGGACGUCCUCGACGAGAAGGAGAAGGCACGUGUCGGUCACGACAACGACUCGCUCAAGAGCGUCAAGGUGCCGGUCGACGCGCUCCAGGAGCAACAAGCGCGGAACGGAACCGGAACCGACGGCAAUGCCAUCGCGUCCGUGGACGAAGAGACGGCUGCGCAGCACGAGACAGCCGUUAGCCUCGCCCCCCCUGGCGCCGAAAUCGAGCUCGCGCCCGGCAGAUCCGCCUCCCGCCGGGGCUCCUUCGGCUUAACCCGGUCCGGUCUCGGACAGCCCAGUUCGUCCUCCCUGGGAAAAGGCAAAGUCAAGCAGCAGUCCUCGGGUCUCGCCCAGUUUAAGGUUCAGCCUUCGGGCCUGAGCCAGCAGUCGUCGGGGCUCGCGCAGUACUAUGAGCAGUCGGGCGCCGCGAAGCGCGGCAUGGUGCUGCCGUUCCAGCCGCUCAGCAUGGUGUUCCACAACGUGUGGUACUCGGUGGACGUGCCCAAGGGCCUGGCUAAGGAGGGCGAGGAAGGCAAGAAGCUGCAGAUUCUGAAGGGCUGCAGCGGGGCGUUCCGGCCGGGAGUGCUCACCGCGCUGGUCGGAGUCUCGGGGGCGGGCAAGACCACGCUCAUGGACGUGCUGGCCGGCAGGAAAACCACCGGGUACAUCGAGGGCGACAUCUUCGUGGGCGGUUUCCCCAAGGAGCAGGACUCGUUCGCGCGCGUGUCUGGCUACGUGGAGCAGUUCGACAUCCACAGCCCGUCCACCACCGUCUUCGAGGCGCUCACCUUCUCGGCCUGGCUGCGCCUCGCCAAGGACGUCGACCCGCAGACCCGCAAGGAGUUUGUGGAGGAGGUUAUGGACCUGGUCGAGCUAACCCCGCUGCGCAACGCCCUCGUCGGCUCCCCCGGCGUGAGCGGCCUGCCCGUCGAGGCUCGCAAGCGCCUAACCAUCGCCGUCGAGUUAGUCGCUAACCCAAGCAUCAUUUUCAUGGACGAGCCCACCUCCGGUUUGGACGCCCGAGCUGCUGCCAUCGUGAUGCGGACGGUCCGCAACACGGUAGAUACCGGACGGACCGUCGUGUGUACGAUCCACCAGCCGAGCAUCGACAUCUUUGAAGCGUUCGACGAGCUGUUGCUGAUGAAGCGCGGGGGAUACGUGAUCUACGCCGGCCCGCUGGGCACGCACUCCAAGUUCCUGAUCGAGCACUUCUCCGCCGUGAAGGGCGUCCCGGCCAUCAGGGACGGCUACAACCCGUCCACGUGGAUGCUCGAGGUGACGACACCUGGCAUGGAGGAGAAGCUGGACCUUGACUUCGCGGAGUACUACAAGAACAGCUCCCUCUUCAAGCGUAACGAGGAGCUGAUCGGUAAGCUGAAACGCCCCGCCGAGGGUGCCUCGGCGAUCCGGUUCGACGCGAAGCAUGCGCGCGAUUUCGGGGUGCAGUUCGCGGCGUGCUUCUGGAAGAACAGCCGCAUCUACUGGCAGACGCCCGAGUACAACGGCGUGCGCUACUUCUUCUCCACGGGCGUCGCGCUCAUCUUCGGGAGCAUUUUCUGGGACCUCGGCCAGAGCAGGAACACCCAGCAGAACGUGUUCAACGUGAUGGGCGCCCUCUACGCCUCGGUUCUCUUCCUCGGGGUGUCCAACGCGUCCUCGGUUCAACCCGUUUUCGCCACCGAACGCGCGGUCUCGUACCGAGAGCGAGGGGCCGGGAUGUAUUCCCCGACCGCCUGGGUGCUCGCGCUGUGCGCGAUCGAGAUCCCAUACGUGCUCGUGCAGACGAUCGUGUACAGCGUCAUCACAUACGCUAUGAUCAACUUCGAGUGGACCGCAGUCAAGUUCUUCGAGUACACGACGGUCAUGUUUCUGACGUUCCUCAUCUUCACGUACUACGGCAUCAUGGCCGUCGCCGGCACGCCCGGCCUCGCGCUGUCUUCCAUCAUCUCGUCCUUCUUCUACUCCUUCUGGAACCUCUUCGCCGGCUUUCUCAUCCCGCUGCCGCAAAUUCCCGGCUGGUGGGUGUGGUACUACUACAUCAAUCCCAUCUCGUGGACGCUGUACGGCCUCAUCGCCUCCCAGCUGGGUGACGUCACCGAUGAGCGCAUCCUGCUCACGGACGGCACCAGCUCCCAGACGGUCGCCGAGUUCGUCCGUUCGGACCUCGGCUUCAAGCACAGCUACGUGCCCGUCGCGCUCGCGUGCCUGCUCGGAUUCGUCGUUCUGUUCUUCCUACUGGCAGUGGCGGCGGUUCGGUUUUUGAACUACCAGAAGCGGUAAAAGGUUGUGACUGGGUUUUCAAGAGGAGACGGAUAAUUGGAGUUGUUGACUGACUAACUGGGGAGGUAUGGGCGGUUGAGAACUUCGGGUGCGGUUGCACGCUUUGGGAAGGCUUCGUGGGUGUUGCAUCUUCGUCUGAAGAAUCUCAAUCGGGGGAAGAACGAGGAGUUUCAGGUCGCGGGUUAUCGAGCAGGUGCGAUUGGUUCGUGGAAUCGAGCAUGCGGCAAGAUGGUGGGUCAGUGCGGGGUUUGAUGUCAUGGGUUUGCAGUAGUCUCCAAGUUUUGGCAGAAGCUCGACUCUGUGAACUCUCAAUGGUCAAAGGAUUAUACGUUAUUUCUAGGUUGAACUCGUUGUUAAAACUUUUGCAAGCACGCACGCAGUUAGAGCUGUAAAACUAAUAGCGCUUCGUUUUGGUCUUUUAAUGAUCUGGAAGUGGACAAAUGACUGUAGAUUGGGUACCUAAAUCAGUAACAGAAAUGAUACAUAAGUUUCAACCACAAAAAUGUUUCUUAAGUCAACCAAAUGGCUCUGCCCAUCGGCA